GAUUGCUUUUCAACUUUGUCUUGUCAGGAUGCUGUGCGGGGUAUCUGCAAGGAGGUGGAAGCUUUGGUGCAGAAAUGCGGAAAGCCAAAAAUGCUUGACGCCAUUAAAUUACCUCCCAAGGAGCUGUAUAAGCUAGUCGAAGAAAUUGCUGGCAGUGAGUUGGUGGAAGUUCUACAAAUCAAAAACAAGAUUCCAAGAAGAAAGGCGUUAUCAUCAUUGGAAGAACAUGUAAUAAGUAUAUUGUCUGAGAAGGGUUAUAUCAGUACAAUGGAAGCUUUUGGGUCAACUGAGACGAUGCCAGAUUUGCUAGAGGAGGACGAGGAUGAAGAAGUGGUGGUUGAUGGUGAAGUUGAUGAGGGUGAUGUUCACAUAAAGCCGGUUGCACGAAAAACUGUCCCAUUGCUGUUCUCUGAGGUGGAUGUGAAGCUGGUAUUCAAGGAAGUUACUUCCAAAUUUUUGCGGAAACGGAUCGUGGAGAGAGGUAAGAGAAGUGAUGGCAGGAGCCCUCAGGAGAUACGAUCGAUUGACGCACGCUGUGGACUGCUUCCUAGGGCACAUGGGAGUGCUCUCUUCACUCGAGGUGAAACACAGUCAUUGGCGGUGGUAACACUUGGUGAUAAGCAAAUGGCACAGAAGAUAGACAACCUUGUCGAUGAAGAUGAAUACAAGAGAUUUUAUCUUCAGUACUCAUUUCCACCCUCGUGCGUUGGUGAAGUUGGGCGGGUAGGGGCGCCAUCUAGAAGAGAAAUUGGUCAUGGAAUGCUUGCAGAGAGAGCACUAGAACCAAUAUUGCCACCUGAAGAGGACUUCCCUUACACUGUUCGUGUUGAGAGUACCAUCACUGAAAGCAAUGGCUCAUCGAGUAUGGCGUCUGUAUGUGGUGGGUGCUUAGCUUUGCAAGAUGCUGGUGUUCCUGUUAAGUGUUCUAUCGCAGGCAUAGCAAUGGGUAUGGUUCUGGACACAAAGGAAUUUGGUGGAGAUGGAACUCCACUCAUCCUUUCAGACAUAUUGGGUUCUGAAGAUGCAUCAGGAGAUAUGGAUUUCAAGGUUGCUGGAAAUGAUGUUGGUAUUACGGCAUUUCAGAUGGACAUAAAGGUAGGAGGAAUUACGUUGCCAAUCAUGAAACAAGCUCUCUUACAAGCUAAAGAUGGCCGAAAGCACAUUCUUGCUGAGAUGUCAAAAUGCUCGCCACCCCCUUCAAGAAAGUUGUCAAAGUAUGCUCCGCUAAUCCAUGUUAUGAAGGUUAAACCAGAAAAAAUAAACCUUAUCAUUGGCUCUGGUGGAAAGAAGGUGAAGAGCAUUAUUGAAGAAACUGGUGUUGAAGCUAUUGAAACACAAGAUAAUGGCGUGGUGAAAAUAACUGCCAAGGAUUUGUCAAGCCUAGAAAAGUCAAAAGCCAUCAUUAGUAAUCUAACAAUGGUUCCAAUUGUUGGUGACAUAUAUAGGAAUUGUGAAAUUAAAUCUAUUGCACCUUAUGGAGCUUUUGUGGAGAUUGCGCCUGGACGAGAGGGAUUAUGCCAUAUCAGUGAGCUAAGUGCAAAUUGGCUAGCCAAGGCUGAAGAUGCUUUCAAAAUUGGAGACCGCCUGGAUGUCAAGCUCAUAGAGAUCAAUGACAAGGGGCAACUUCGCUUAAGCCGACGUGCAUUACUGCCAGAUGCCGAGCAGAAACAAAGUACAAAGCCACGCAGUGCUUGCCUUCAAAAUGACAAUGUAGUUUCACCAAGAACUCCAGAUAAGGGUAAACCUAAGAAAGCUGUGACUGUAUCAAAGGAUGGUUCAGCUUCAGAGAAUGCGGAACCUCUCAAGGAGAAAACAGUUCCCAUCAAAGUAUCAAGCCCAGCGGCAGACAAGCCCCAACCAAAAAAAAGUGGCGGCAACAUCUCCAACAAAAGUGGAAAUGCAGUAGUCAAUGGAGAGGCAAAAGUUGUAUAAGAAAGCUAUAAUGGGGGAGUAAUUCAGUCUCAAUUUUAAAAUGUGGCAGAGGAUGGAGAGUUGGGUGAAAUUCAGAUAGUUCUUUUUCUGUCAAAUUGAGAGGGGUUAUGAUUCAAGCUUUGACAUCAGAGCUAGCAGGUUGGUUCUGACUGGUUUUAACAGUGGAAGAAAAUGUAAAUGCAGUAAUUUUCGUGGCGAUACAUGCAUCCCGUGAUCAAGAUACAUGGUUCUGAAAGACCUCUACGAUCAGUUUAUACAUCAAUGAAGCGUGUUUUUUCAUCUCUGCUGUAACCAUUCUGAAUAUAUUGAAGUUAGGAAUUGCAAGCUGCCCGAUGUCCAGCAUAUCAAACUUGAAGAAAGCAAAGUACCAAGGUUGAGAAGCCACUGUGCUGAAAAUUUUCGGUUUCCGCCAGAAGUUCCUUGUUCAGACCCAAAGUAGUUGAUCUAAUACGUUGAAGCUACCAAGAGAUGGUGCGAUGCUAUUAAAGUCCUCAUUUUCAUAUAUAAAUUUAUUUAUUAA